CUGAUCUGGACUGGUCUGUCAUGAGUUUUGCUCCGAGUCCGUUCACCCCCAUGAGCAUCCGCAGCAUUCAGGAGCAGCGGGACCGCUGGGAGAGGAAGAGGAAGAGGAGUCGCACGGCCCGUGAGCUAGUCCAGAGUGAACAAAGAUACUGCAAACAGCUAGAUCUAGUCAUCACGUACUUUGUGGAGAUCUUGAAGGCCAAAGGAACCCUCGGGCAGGACAUUAGAGAAAGCAUCUUCAGUUCAAUUAAAUCCAUUCAUUUAAUAAACCAGACGCUACUCACUCAUUUACAACUGGGGAGAUUGGGCAUUGGGUUUGAGGAGUUUUGCACUCAUCUGCAUUUGUACAACACGUAGUACGUUGACAACAUUCAGACGGCUAAAUAAGUCCUCAUGGUUCAGGUGAAGAAAAGCAAAGCCUUCAGACGGUUUAAAAAGCUCCAGGAAUCCAGGCCUGAGUUCAUUCAGCAGAAACUUGAGGAUUUGCUAACGCUUCCUCUUCAGCGCAUCCAACAGUACAAGCAUUUCUUGAGGGACUUGACAGAGAACACCAGUCCAGACAACCCAGAGUUUCAGCGGCUUUCAAGAUCUUGGAAAGCCAUCUCAGAGGUCGCCCAGCAGAUCCAAGACAACGCUCGCAGCCAUGAGAACCACCUGCAGCUGCGCAGAGUCCAGAAACAGCUGAAGGGCCGAAAGACCAGAAUCCUGACUCCAGGGAGGUGGUACAUUCGGGAAGGCUGGCUAAAGACAGUGCCCCCUAAAGGCACGGAGGCAAAACCCAAGAUGUUUUACCUGUUCUCUGACUUCCUGCUCCAGGCCAAACCAUGCAGUCCCAUACAUCCUACCAAUAGGGAUAAGUUUGCCUGCCAGUGAAUCUACCCAUUAAAGGAGUGCACAGUGGAUAAAGUCUUCGGCCACACCAAAAGCCAAGGAGGCCUUAUUAGUUUGACCUUUGCCAGGGCCAAACUUCUUCUAAUGCCUCCGUUUGGCUAUUGGGUGAGUCUGUCUACAGAUGUAUGUUCACUGAAGUCAAAGAAUACAGUGGUGCACAGAAGAGACGAGCUGCGUAGGAAGCCUAUCAGAUCGGAUCCAGACAGUCAGAACACUCCAGAACUACAGCAAACAUGUGGAAUAAAAAGAAACAUGAUGUUGGAUGAAGAGGUUCAGGAACACAGAGAGGGUCACACCAGCAGUUCCAUCCCUUCAACUUGGGAAAGCGGCUACAGCGCCACCAAGAGGCUGAAGCCCGGUCAAGCUCCUGCUGCAAGUCCACAGGAGUCUUCUGGAUGGAGCUGCGUCAUACUGUGAGGAGGUUCAUGUUCUGAAAAGAGCUGAAAGAAAUGCCCACAGACGGAAGGAGCAGAGGUGAUUUAGGAUGAAUGCAAUGCAAUCUACAUCUACUACACUGCUGCAUUUUUUGCCAUAUGCCAAAGAAUAUACCGCAAUGCAGGCUUAUUGCUUUUAAGCAUGUUUACUGUUGGUUUUAUACUGAGAUGUCUUACUAUUUAAGUAUAAUACAAUGCAGACAGUCAUCACUCAGUUAUCACCAAUAAUGGCCUAAAUCUAAAUAUAUAUAUAAAAAAACACACAACACAAAAACAUAAUGUAUAGUAACAGAUUAUUUAUCUAAUCACACCAACUCUGAAUGUAUAUCACUAUAGUGCAAAACAUUUAUUAUU